AUGAGUUUGAAUAAGGAAGAGGCUAUUGCAAAGACAAUAGACCACGUUAAUGGAGUGAACUUUGUUACCCAACCAGCCAAAUCGGUUGAGUCGCCAUUCGCAAAGUUGGUAUCAAACGCAAACGUCUUAAUCAACUCAAACGAUCCAUAUGCAGUGGUGGAAAAUUUCUUAUUGGAUAGAGACAAUGAAGAAAAAGAUCGGGAACUAGAGGGAGCUGAAGAACAAGAUCUCGAUACCGUUACAAUCACUACAGAUGCAGUUACCUUGUUGAAAAGUUUACCCUUUUUGUCUGCAUCGUCAUUCAAAACCAACAAGGUUGUCAAUCAUGUUGAGAUCAGCAAUAAAGACUUUACUGUUGUCACCAGUUUGAAGGACUUGAAUUUCCCAAUACUAGUAUCGCAAAAUGCACGCGAAAGUUAUCACUUUGCAAAUUUGGCAUACAAUUUAGCUGAGAGGUUAAACACUUCGGUUUUCCAUUUUUACGUCGCAAACUCUUUGUACAAAUCUAGUGAAACUGUCAAAACCUCUGAAGGGGUAUUUUUGAAAAACUUGCACGAGUUGUCGUUCGACAAGAUUUUGGAUGAAUUUGAUACCCAAGCAUUUGAAAUUGUAAACAAAGUGCAAAAACAAAACGCUGCUGUUCUUUACCUUGGUCAAUUAGAUGACGCGUUGCUGGAAGCUGCCACUAAAGCUGGAGUCUUGGUCAUCAACAUAAAGGUAUACCAACCAUUCCUUAUCGCUCGCUUACUCAAAAUCGUUCCCGCCGAAGUUGAAACACUCACCAUUGUUCAGCAAUCCAGCUCUGGCUUCUCCCAAUUUUCCCCAUUAAUCCUCGAUUUUUUCGCUGAGUAUUCAGAACACCAAACUUUGAAAAAUUUUACAAAGAUUAUUUCAGCCACAUUUGGUCCUGUUGUCGAUUAUACUAAAGCUUUUGCCAGUCUUGUGUCAAAUGCAAACUCUGACAAACCAGAACAAAAUUCAUUCUACGGUGAAUCUGACAAGGGUCAGGACUUAACUAAGCAGCAUCAAAAAUACGAAAAAGCCGUAUCUGACGCCCUCAAUUUAGAGCAAGCUUACUUGAAGAUUUUGCAACAAGUUAAUGACACUAAUUUGAAGGUGUUGAAUGAGUACCAAGCUGAAAACAUUGGGUUGGAAACAAACCCGGAAUACGGUUUUGGGUCGUUUUUGUAUGACCAAGAACAACAAGAGAAUUUAGCUAGAUUAGUGCAAAUUGCUUUAAAGGAAAACAAGUUUCAAACAAAAGACAACAAGAAAUUGAUUGACUUGUUAUCACAAUGGUUAGUUCAAUUGCAAGAGAAUGGUGAAGUUGAAAAUAGGAUACCACUUGAGGCUAUUGACUUAUUGAAGUCGGAUGAUUCAUCAACAUCUGCUAGAGAACUUCUUGCUUUAUCCACUUACUUCACUACUAACAGAAACUGGCUUAUUGGAUCAGAUGCUUGGUCCUAUGACUUGGGAUCUUCAGGAGUUCACAGUGUUAUUGCCUCUGGUAAAAACAUCAACAUGUUGAUUAUAGAUUCCGAGCCUUAUGCCGAUAAAUCGUCAGACAAGACUGUUAAUGGAUUCAGAAAGAAAGACGUUGGGUUGUAUGCAAUGAACCAUGGAGAUUGCUACGUCGCGUCUGUGGCCGUUUACUCGUCUUACACACAAGUAUUGCAAGCAUUUAUUGAAGCUGAAAAAUUCAAUGGACCUUCGAUUGUUUUGGCAUACUUACCAUACCACAAGGAGUCUGAUAGCACGUUGGCAGUCUUGAAGGAGACCAAGAAAGCAGUCGAUACCGGAUACUGGCCUUUGUACAGAUAUGAUCCAACAGCUGCAAAGGAUAAUGAUGUUUUCAAAUUGGACUCCUCAAAUUUGAGGAAACAAUUGCAGGACUUUUUGGAUAAAGAAAAUAAGUUGACUUUACUUGCUGCCAAGGAUCCAGUGUUGUCUAGAAACUUGACAGCAAAUGCGAAUACCGAAGCCAAACUCAAACAAGCCAAAAUUGCAGACGAAUCUUUUGCUAAGUUGUUGCAAGGAUUGUCUGGCCCCCCAUUGACAGUAGCUUUUGCAUCUGAUGGAGGAAAUGCCGAAGGUUUGGCUAAAAAGAUCAAUAGACAAGCUUUAGGAAGGGGAUUGAAAGCAAAUGUAUUGGCUAUGGACGAAAUUUCAAUGGAGGAUUUACCCAACGAAACCAACAUUGUUUUUGUCACGUCCACUUCCGGACAAGGUGAAUUCCCUGGAAACGGUAAGCAAUUUUGGGAUGGUCUCAAGAACUCUAAUGACUUGGAUCUUUCCGGUGUGAAAUUCUCGGUAUUCGGUUUAGGUGACUCAGAAUAUUGGCCAAGAAAAGAGGACAAGCACUACUACAAUAAACCUGGUAAAGAUUUACACGCCAAACUUAAAUUGUAUGGUGGAGUUGAAUUGGCCGAACUAGGUUUGGGAGAUGAUCAAGAUGCAGAUGGAUUUUCAACCGGUUUCGAAGAAUGGAUUCCAAAGAUAUGGGCUGCAUUGGGUGUCGAUAAUGUUGAAGGGGUCGAAGAGCCCAAACCAAUCACCAAUGAAGAUAUGAAGAUCGGUUCUGAUUAUCUUAGAGGUACCAUUGCAGAAGGAUUGCAAGACGAAUCAACCGGUUCAAUUUGUGCUGUGGACCAACAGUUGACCAAGUUCCAUGGUAUUUAUAUGCAAGAUGAUCGUGAUGUGAGAGAUGAACGCAAAGCUCAAGGUCUUGAGCCAGCAUACGCCUUUAUGGUUCGUGUUAGAUUGCCAGGUGGUAUUGCAAACCCUAAACAAUAUUUAAAGAUGGAUGAAUUGGCUGAUGAAAGGGGUAAUGGUACAUUGAAGUUGACAACUAGAGCUACUUUCCAACUUCAUGGUGUGGUUAAGCAUGAUUUGAAACCAGCUAUUAGGGGUAUGAAUUCCGCUUUGAUGGACACAUUGGCCGCAUGUGGUGAUGUCAACAGAAAUGUUAUGGUAUCAGCAUUGCCUAACAACGCCAAGGUGCACAGUCAAGUCUCUGCCACCGGUACUUUGAUUUCAAACCACUUGUUGCCAAAUACAACUGCUUAUCACGAGAUUUGGUUGGAAGGCGAAAUGCCCUCCGAUAAGCCUGGAGAUAGAGAAGCUUGGGAAACGCGUAAAGAAGGUCCCACCAAGAAAAAGACGUUGGUUGCCGGUAAUGUUUUGGCUGAUGUUGAGCCUUUAUAUGGGGUCACUUACUUGCCAAGAAAAUUCAAGAUUGUCAUCACAGUUCCUCCAUAUAAUGAUGUGGAUGUGUAUGCCCAUGACAUUGGGCUAAUCGCCAUUGUUGAAGACAAUAUUGUUACUGGAUACAAUGUUUUAGUGGGUGGUGGUAUGGGUACAACUCACAACAAUAAAAAGACCUACCCUAGAACAGGGUCAAUGUUUGGUUACAUUCCAAGGGAUCAAAUCCACAUUGCUUGUGAAAAGAUCAUGUUGGUGCAAAGAGAUUUUGGUGACAGAACAAACAGAAAGCAUGCUAGAUUAAAGUACACUAUUGAUGAUUUGGGUGUUGAAGUGUUCAAAUCCAAGGUCGAAGACUUGUUGGGAUACAAGUUUGGCGAACCAAAGCCAUUCAAGAUUGAAAACAAUGUCGAUCAUUUCGGAUGGUGUAAGGAUGAGUUGGGAUAUAACCACUUUACCGCUUUCAUUGAGAAUGGUAGGAUUGAGGAUACACCACAAUUACCGCAGAAGACUGGAUUGCGUAAGAUUGCUGAGUAUUUGCAAGACAAUAAAAAAUCGGGAGAAUUUAGAUUGACCGGUAAUCAGCAUAUCCUCAUCUCCAACAUCAAGGACGAUGACUUGCAAGAUGUGAAGGAUUUGUUGGCUAAAUACAAAUUGGACAACACUGAAUUCUCAGCAUUAAGAUUGUCGUCAGCUGCCUGUGUUGCUUUCCCCACUUGUGGUUUAGCCAUGGCAGAAUCCGAGAGAUAUUUGCCUGAAUUGAUCACCAAAUUGGAGGAAGCAUUGGAGGAUUACGGAUUGAGACACGAUUCCGUGGUUAUGAGAAUGACUGGUUGUCCAAAUGGUUGUGCUAGACCAUGGGUCGCAGAGGUGGCGUUGGUUGGUAAAGCUUAUGGCGCUUAUAAUUUGAUGUUGGGUGGUGGACACCAUGGCCAGAGAUUGAACAAGAUUUACAGAUACUCGAUCAAGGAGGAUGAGAUAUUGGCAAUCUUGAAAGACUUGUUCAAGAGGUGGAGUAAGGAGAGAAAUGAUGGAGAGCCUUUUGGUGACUGGUGUAUCAGAGCAGGAAUCAUACAGGAGACCACUGAAGGAAAGUAUUUCCAUGAAGGAAUUCCUGAGGACGCAUAG